GCUACGCUGAGGAUGUUGACGGUUGGCUGUCUCGGCGGAGCUUGUAUCAAAGCAGGCGCCUUGGCAGCUACCCGCCGUCCUGGCACCUACUGCAAGCAAAGAACUCCGGUUGAGUUAGUACGCCGUGCAGAAAACCGUCGUGGUCUUGCGACUGGCAUGCGCUGAGAUUGCUACCUUGUCGAUCAGCGCACGAUGGCGAGGCACGUUGUCACCGACGAGGAACGCCGUCCAAGGAUAAGUAUCCCUUUGAUCCUCCCUAGACACUGCUCUCAUCAUCUCAUCCAACACACAUCCAGCAAUCGAGGCAGCUCAGGCAGCUACUCACAGUCUCUCAUUUCUUACAUUCGCUAUGUCUCCAUUCAUUAGUGCUAUUGCCUUCGCGGCCACUGCCACCAUCGCCAUGGCUGCUCCGGCAGACAUAUAUCGCCGUGACACCUUCCAGAUCGAGCAAGUCUCUACUGGUCAGGUGCUCAAGAGCGGCCCCAUUGCCAUGAUGAAGACAUACAGCAAGUAUGCCAAGGUCGGCGCAUCGGCGCCGGUGGACGUUGUCAAUGCUGCGACUAACGCUUCGCAAUCGGGUGAAGUCGCUGCAAACCCGGAGCAGUAUGACGAGAGCUAUCUGUGCCCGGUGCAGGUCGGCCAGACCACUUUGAACCUGGAUUUUGACACUGGCAGCGCAGAUCUUUGGGUCUUCUCCACCCUCACCCCAAAGAGUGAGUCAACUGGGCACUCGCUGUACAAUCCUAGCACAGGAACCAAAAAGUCCGGCUACACCUGGGACAUCUCAUACGGCGACGGCUCCGGUGCCUCCGGCACGGUGUACGCCGAUAAGGUUGUCGUGGGCGGCGUCACUGCUACGUCUCAGGCUGUUGAGGCUGCGACCUCCGUCUCCUCGCAGUUCGAGCAGGACACGGACAACGAUGGCCUGCUUGGUCUUGCGUUCAGCAGCAUCAACACUGUCGAGCCGCAGGCCCAGAAAACAUUCUUCGACAGUGUAAAGGGCUCGCUCGCAAAGCCUUUGUUCACCGCAGACCUUAAGAAAGGCGCUGCUGGAACCUACGACUUCGGCUACAUUGACAGCUCCAAGUACACCGGCUCGAUUUCAUACGUCAAUGUCAACACUGCUAACGGCUUUUGGGAGUUCACUGCCAGCGGCUACGCAGUCGGCAGCGGCUCCGUCUCUGGAUCUGUUGGCGACGCCAUUGCUGACACUGGCACCACGCUCAUGUACUUGCCUACCACGGUCGUGCAGGCCUACUACAACAAGGUUGACAGCGCAGACUACGACAGCAACCAGGGUGGCUACACCUACGACUGUAGCGAGAACCUUCCCAACUUCCUGAUCUCGCUCGGUGGCAAGACCUUCACCGUGUCCGGGACUGACAUCAACUUCGCGCCGGUCGACAGUUCCGGCGAGACCUGCUUUGGCGGCAUCCAGGAAAACACUGGUAUCGGCAUGUCUAUCCUUGGCGACAUUUUCCUUAAGAGCGUGUUCGUUGUCUUUGAUCAGACGCAGUCCACUCCGCGUUUGGGCUUUGCUGCGCAGUAAACGACUCUGGAAAUCACAGGAGGUCCGAGAUGGGCACAUUUCUAGGAAUUUGGUGGCCCGCGGCCCGCUGAUUGCUCGUUUCUACGAACAUGCCAUAAUUAAUGUAUGAUAUGCGAACUGUUUCUUUAGGUGUAAUGCGUAGACAUACAAUCUCUGUCUCCGAGCAAUGAUCGAAUUACAAUCUAUCACCAUUGCACAUGCACAGAGCCGGUGGACUCAGCGGACUUGAAUACUCCUGGGCAUGAGCGAGUUCGAGACAUGUCACCAUCGUCAGCCUCAAGGCCAGAACAUGAGAGCAUUUGCUGCACAGUGCCGCAAAGCGCCGU